GUGCGGCGUCAAGCUUAUAAGAGGAGCACCCGGCAGUCCUCUUCCUCUACCACGACUAGAAGCUUGCGCCGCUGCUGCCGCUGCUCAGAUUGUAGAGAGAAAGAGGAGGACACUGCGACAGAGGAAGAGAGUGACAUGGAGGUUGGAAGAGCGGAGGCGGCGGAGGGGGUGACGAGGGUGCUGGUGGUCGACGACUCCCCCGUCGACCGCCGGGUGGCGCAGCUCCUGCUCAGCAGCAGCUCCUGCGCCGGCUCCUUCCACGUGAUCGCCGUCGACAGCGCGAAGAAGGCCAUGGAGUUCCUCGGCCUCAACCUCAUGGACGGCAAGGGGCAGGCCGUCGACAUGGUGCUCACCGACUACUCCAUGCCUGACAUGACCGGCUAUGAGCUUCUCAAGGCCAUCAAGGCGAUGAACCUCCUGAAGCCGAUACCAGUGGUCGUCAUGUCUUCAGAGAACGAGCCCCAGCGGAUCAGCAGAUGCUUGAACGCUGGCGCCGAGGACUUCAUCGUGAAGCCCCUGCAGAGCAAGGACGUGCAGCGCAUCCGGAGCUGCUCCACCGCCAGGCCCAACAAGGGCUCCGCGCCGUGCGAGGCCGCGACCAAGAGGACGCCGCCGCCGCCCUCCGGCCACCACGCCGCCGGCGGCGCCGCGUCGGCAUCGGGGCGGCGGGGACAUUUCGCCGGAGUCGCGAUGAUCCUGCACUCGUCGAGCGCGGAGCUCUCGCAGUACUUCCCGCUGCUCGUCAAGCUCGUCCUGCUGGCGUACGCCGUGCUGUGCCUGGGCGAGAUCCUGCACAGAUGGUCGUCAGGCGGCGGCGGCGGCCGCUCGCUCUCCCUGUGACGCGCCUGCCUGCAGCGACGGUGCGGUGAAGUUUUGCUGAAAGGCAAGUGCUUCAUGACAGAGAAGGUGAAAACCUGUGAGAGCUGGCUUCGUGCUGCAGAAAAAUGACACUUGCAAAGGCCGCCGUCCUUUUCGAGGACAUAGGAUUGACGCACAUAUUGGUGACUUGGUUGUGCCGAAGAUCCCAGAGAGACCUCCCAUUGUUGCAUUGGAAUCCUGACGAGGCACGAGUUCAUGCCAGAGCAUAUUCAUGGACUCCUCCCAGAUCUCCACAGGGCACAUUGAGGAAGGCGUUCAGCAUCAUGUUUUGUUUUCUGUUGCCUUGUAGCUCUAGGCCUGUACUAGCUAGCUGUGUGGAAAGGAAGCUGGAUUGUGCAGUAUCUGCCUCCCCCGUCUGCCCUUUUGUUUUCCUUUCUGUUCCUUCUAGACUAGUACUCCAAAAUCUUGAAAUCAUUGAACAAUGCUGUAUUUGCUGUAAAGAGCCGAUUCCCCAACCAUCGACUGAGUGGAUUUUUGUAGUUCAUGGUACUGUCUAACUUCAACAAAGGGUGCGUUCGUUUUCUGGGGCUUAAAAGUUUAGAGGGGUCAUAUCAAAGAGAAUCUUAUCAUUUAGAAGUAUUAAAUAAAGUCUAAUUAUAAAACUAA